UGUGAAGACAUGUAUAAAAUAAAACCACUUGGGCACCAGACUGCUUUGUGAAUUUACCUAGGUGCAGAUCUGCCUUCCUGCCUUCAGCUCACCCACCAGACCAUGACUGUACCUGGUGGACAUCUGUGUCUUGCUGGCCUCCUUGCUUCUGUCUGCACAGAGUUGGAAGAAUCCAGGGAUUUCAAGUUUUGAGUAGCGGGCGUCUCACAAGAUUACCACACCCAAACUGAAAAGGGAGAUGCAGCUCUGAGUACCAGAUUGGUGUGUGCACUGCAUGUACAUGAAAACAUACAUGUUUUUGUCAUCACGUAGACUUGCUCUGGCAUAUUCCUGAGAGCUUUGCAAUUGAUGAAAAUUAAUUUGAUAACCAGAUGGAGCACCUUCGCAGCACAGGAAUCAGUAAUCUAUGGAAAGACACCUGCCAGUAAUGUUCAGCUUUCCACAUGGUCUUCACGGGUGAAAAAAAUCUGCAAGAAGAGAAAGAAAAAACACCCUCUGUGCAGAAGAAGCCAAAUAAAUACCUCCACAAUCUAAAUCGAUAGCUGUGAGGGAAACAGAAGAAUCAAGAGGGCAGAGGAAACUGAUUUAGUUCCAGCAGAGGAAUAAUGUAUGGUCUUCGGCACGUUUUGCUUUGGGCUCAGUAGAUUGUGAAUGGACAAUAAAUGGUGACCUUCUGCUGAGCAAUGAUGACUGGAAGUAAAUAAGUUGAGGAACUAUGGGACAAGUCUGGGCAUUGAACUGAGCAAAUCUCGCCAUCCUUCUUGAGUUAACCAGGUCAUCAAACUUGCAUAUCCUUUCUCCCUCUCCUUUUUCCUCUUUUCACUUAGUGUGAUAUAAAUACUAGCUAAUUGAGCUCAUAAAUGUUAUUCAAAUAAAACGAUUGGAAUACUUCAUAUGUUUCCUUCUUGUACAGCUGCAAAUGUUGUGUCUGGAACUAUGAAUCUGUGCUGUAGACAAGCAUCAAGAAGGAAAGAUCCUAUCAAACAAGCAAGGAAAAUACCUAGAGAAAUAGUGAACCCAGGAAGUCAGAUUUUUAAUGCUGCUUCACUUUCUUUUUUAGAUGAUUAUAUUUCUUCCUUCCCUGAAUUUUAGAAGAUUUUGAAAGAGUGCUUACUUGAUGUGCUUUAAUUCUGGCAUUUGUUUUUUAUGGUAGAAUGAAAAGUCUGUGAUUCCUUGUAGCAGAAAAAAAGGGAAAAGUAAAGGAAAAACAGCUUGACAUUUUAGCCCGUUUCGCAGGAGAGAGAACUUCAUGGUUCACCUGAGGCAAACUUACCUACUUUGAAAGCUAAAAGCUUUAGAGCAUUUUUGAUUCUGCUAUAAAUGAAGAGGGGGUUCUUUUUCAUUCGUGUGUGGCAGCAAAAAGUGGGAAAGCAGGCAAGAUAGCGUGAUAAACAGUUCAGGCUGUGUUGGGUCUCUGGUGGAAAAAAAGUGCUGCGGUGAAAAUUGGAUUGGCUUUGGAUUGCAAAAACUUUUGAGUCCAACGAGCGGUUCAGUACCAAGAGGGAUUUCCCAACUGGCCUGGCACACCAGUGCCUGCACAAGUUCGGGUCUGUUGUUUCACACGGUUUGUGUGCCUUUUUUUCCCUUUAUGCAAUCUCUUUCAGCUUUAGCAGCAGAAAUACAUCAGAUGGAAAAGAUAUGCCAGAGGGCAGCUUGGAAAAGAGGAAUGUCAUGUAUAUACAUAUAUAUGUAUGUGCGUGUGUUUAAAUUUCUGCAACUGAACUUUUGAAGAAAAUCUGACUGGAGGAAGUUUUAAAAGCCUUAAGUUACUUGAAACCUACACAUUUGCAACUCUUUGUCUCUGGAAUUGCAUUACGCUAAACUGGAAUCUCAGGCUGAAUAAAGAUUAUAUCAAGUUGAGCAAAAAGAUGACUUAACCAUUUCUUGAGCGCCUCUUAUGAAGUAGCUGUUUCUCCAAAGGAUAAGUGCACCCCCACUCUACAGACUCAAAACAAAAAUGAACCUGAAUUUUUUUUUAAGUGUUACUUUUUCUUAGCCAACUGCCAUCAUCUUUUAUAGAGGAAUUUUUCACUAUGCAUUUGGUGGAUAUUUAUAAACACUGACCCCAUCCUCCUCCCUUUCAAUGAUCUAUCCAGGUCAGUCUUAUCAAUAAAAAAAAAAAAAAUUGAUUUAAAUUUUGUGCACUAGACAUAUUACUUUCUUAUGUCAAAAAAUAAAAUAUUUAAAAAAGCAUGUAUGCAGCAGUGGAACAUGGGCCUGUUCUUUGCAGCGAUUCCAACAUCCUCUGCCUCUCCUGGAAAGGCAGAGUCCCCAAAAGUGAGAAGGAGAAACCGGUGUGCAGGAGGCGGUACUAUGAGGAAGGCUGGUUGGCAACGGGCAAUGGCAGAGGAGUUGUAGGCGUCACCUUCACUUCCAGCCAUUGCAGGAGGGACAGGAACACCCCUCAGAGAAUCAACUUCAAUUUGAGGGGCCACAACAGUGAGGUUGUGCUGGUGAGAUGGAAUGAACCAUUCCAGAAAUUAGCAACCUGCGAUGCAGAUGGAGGAAUAUUUGUUUGGAUACAAUACGAAGGCAGAUGGUCUGUGGAGCUCGUGAACGAUCGUGGGGCACAGGUAAGCGACUUUACAUGGAGCCAUGAUGGGACUCAGGCACUUAUCUCCUACAGAGAUGGAUUUGUGCUGGUCGGUUCGGUCAGCGGACAGAGACACUGGUCUUCGGAAAUAAACUUGGAGAGUCAGAUCACCUGUGGCAUAUGGACUCCAGAUGACCAACAGGUACUGUUUGGCACUGCUGAUGGACAGGUUAUUGUCAUGGACUGCCACGGGCGAAUGCUGGCCCACGUGCUCCUUCACGAGUCAGAUGGCAUCCUCAACAUGUCCUGGAACUACCCCAGCUUCCUGGUGGAGGACAGCAGCGAGAGCGACACGGACUCUGAUGACUAUUCCCCACCACAAGACGGACCAGCUGCCUAUCCAGUGCCGGUGCAGAACACCAAGCCACUGCUUACUGUCAGCUUCACGUCAGGAGACAUCAGUUUGAUGAACAACUACGAUGAUUUGUCUCCUACUAUCAUCCGCUCAGGGUUGAAAGAUGUGGUGGUACAGUGGUGCACACAAGGAGACCUGCUUGCAGUAGCAGGCAUGGAGAAGCAGAGCCAGCUGGUUGACCUCAGCAAUGGUUCCCUGCUGAAAAGCGCGCUUGUCAAGUUCUACAACGUGCGUGGGGAGCACAUCUACACUCUGGAGACACCUGUGCAGCGUCCCAUCAUCUCCAUCUGUUGGGGUCACAGGGAUUCCCGGCUGCUGAUGGCUUCUGGGCCUGCGCUGUACGUUGUCAGAGUGGAGCACAGGGUCUCCAGCCUGCAGCUGCUGUGCCAGCAGACCAUCGCCAGCUGCCUGCGGGACGACAAGGACAUCAGCAAGCUGACCCUACCCCCUCGGCUCUGCUCGUACCUCACCACUGCCUUCAUACCAACAAUCAAGCCUCCAAUCCCAGACCCAAACAAUAUGAGAGAUUUUGUCAGCUACCCAACAGCUGGUAAUGAACGGCUGCACUGCACCAUGAAGCGGACGGAAGAUGACCCAGAGGUCGGUGGUCCCUGUUACACGCUGUACCUGGAAUACCUUGGGGGACUGGUGCCCAUCCUGAAAGGACGUCGUAUCAGCAAGUUGCGGCCGGAGUUUGUCAUCAUGGAUCCCAAAACAGACGGAAAAGCAGAUGAAAUCUAUGGAAACAGCUUGAUUUCCACUGUGAUUGACAGCUGCAACUGCUCUGACUCCAGCGAUAUCGAACUCAGCGAUGACUGGGCAGCAAAGAAAUCUCCAAAAAUCAGUCGAGCUAGCAAAUCACCUAAACUCCCAAGAAUCAAUAUAGAAGCUCGCAAAUCUCCAAAGAUGUCACGAGCUGCACAGGAGAUCUCAAGAUCACCAAGGUUACCAAUAAGGAAACCCUCCAUUGGUUCUCCAAGCCUGACACGAAGAGAGUUUCCUUUAGAAGAUAUUACUCAGCACAACUACCUUGCUCAGGUCACAUCUAAUAUCUGGGGAACCAAGUUUAAAAUUGUGGGUUUGGCUGCUUUCCUACCAACUAACCUUGGUGCAGUAAUAUAUAAAACCAGUUUGCUGCAUCUGCAGCCCAGGCAAAUGACAAUAUAUCUCCCAGAAGUGCGGAAGAUUUCAAUGGACUACAUUAACAUGCCUGUCUUUAAUCCAAAUGUUUUCAGUGAAGACGAAGAUGAUUUACCAGUGCCCGGCGCCCCCGGCGCGCCCGCCAGCAGCCCGCCCUGCACCGUCAACAUCCCCAUCGCGCCCAUCCACAGCUCGGCGCAGGCCAUGUCGCCCACGCAGAGCAUCGGCCUGGUCCAGUCGCUGCUCGCCAACCAGAACGUGCAGCUGGACGUGCUGGCAAACCCGCCGGCCGAGGCGGGGGGCGAGGGGCCGGGGCCCUUCCCGGGGGCUCCGGGCCGCUUUCCCGGCCCCGGGGCGGGGGCGCUGGCCGUGGGCCCGCCGCCCCCCGCGCCCCCCGCCAUCGCCCUGGCCGACCUGCGGGACCACGGCGACCGCGAGCAUGAGCCCCCGGCCAAGGCCAAGGCCCCGCGGCCGGGGCCGCCGCUGGUGGAAGGGGACGCCGUCAUCUUCGGGGCCGCUCAGGAGCUGCAGCUGAACAAGAUGAACCCGCCGCCUCCCUACCCCGGCCCCCCGCCCGGGCCCCCGCAGCCGCCCCUCGAUCUCUGCCUCAAGAAGGGCGAGUUCUCCCUCUACCCGGCGGGGCACUACCAGACGCCCCUGGGGUACGAGCGGAUAACGACGUUCGACAGCAGCGGGAAUGUGGAGGAGGUGUGCCGGCCUCGCACCAGGAUGCUCUGUGCCCAGAGCACCUACACCCUGCCGGGCCCCGGCAGCUCCGCCACCUUGCGCAUCACGGCUGCCGAGAAGAAGAUGCAGCAGCCCUGCACCAGCGCCACCUUGAACCGUCUCACGGUCCCCCGUUACUCCAUCCCCGCCGGGGACCCGCCGCCCUACCCUGACAUCGCCAGCCAGCUGUCCCAGGGCAGAAGCAUGGCGCAGAGGCUGGACAGCAGUAUCAUUCAUGCUACUCUGCGGAGGAACAGCAGAGAGGCAGCCCUGAAAAUGGCUCAGCUGAUGGAUGGUCAGAGAGCCACCUUGCAACUUCCCCCUAAGGCCAAGAGCAACAUUGUGUCAGCACAGUACCAGCAGAGAGUGCCCACAGCCUUGUACACCUGCAGCCAGUGCAGCAGUGGCGGCGCUGGCAGCAGCAGCACUGCGAGUGCUGGCGGCGCGGGCAGCAUCGCUAGUGCCAACGCUGGUAGCAGCACUUCCAGCAUUGGUGGCAUGAGACCAGAUCUGAGCACAGGGAGUGGCUCCCAGCACAGCUCUGUCAUUGCUCACUCUGUCAGUACUUCGCCUCUGGCCUCGCAGUCCUCCUACAGCUUGCUGAGCCCGCCCGACAAUUCCCGUGACCGAGCGGAUUAUAUCAACUCCGCUUUCACGGAGGAUGAGGCCCUUUCUCAGCACUGCCCAGUGGAGAAAUCAGUACGGCAUGUACCCGUGUCCUUGACAGAGGCUACCCUAAGUGUGAAACGGCCGCCGCCGUACCAGUGGGAUCCUAUGGUGAGCGAAGAGAUAUGGGUUCCUCAGGAAAGGACAUCUCAGAGCUCAGUGCCCAACCCUUUAAAACCUCCUCCACUCAUCAUUGGUCAAGCUCAACAUCUGGAUAUGUCUCGAGUGCCAUUUGUUUCCCCCAAGUCUCCAACCAGUCCCACUGCCACUUUUCAGACGAGUUACGGGGUCGGAGUACCUUACCCAGGAAGCUACAGUGCCCCACCCCUUCAGGGAAUGCAGGCCCCCUGCUCCCCCAAAGAAGCUCUGGCCCCAACACAGUUUGCACAGCAGGAGCCCACGGUUGUGCUUCAGCCAGGUUAUUCAUCCAGCCUCCCCUACUGCCCUUUGCCGCCCAUGUACCCGGGAAGCAGCACCUGCUCUAGUUUACAGCUGCCACCGAUCGCCUUGCACCCGUGGAGCUCCUACAGCGCCUGCCCACCCGUACAGAACCCCCAGGGCACCCUGCCCCCCAAGCCGCUCCUUGUGGUGGAGAAGCCGGUGAUGUCCCCCCCGCCAGCAGAGCUGCAGGGCCACGUGGGCACAGAGGUAAUGGUGGAGACAGCAGACACUUUCCAGGAGGUGCUCUCCUUGACAGAAAGCCCUGUUCCUCAAAGGACAGACAAAUUUGGCAAGAAGAGCCGGAAACGCCUGGACAGUCGAGCCGAGGAAGGAAAUGUGCAGGCUAUCACUGAGGGCAAGGUCAAAAAGGAGGCAAGGACACUGACUGACUUCAAUUCACUGAUAGCCAGCCCUCGGCUGGGGAGGGAGAAGAAGAAGGUCAAGAGCCAAAAAGAUCAGCUGAAGUCCAAGAAACUAAACAAGACAAAUGAGUUUCAGGACAGUUCAGAGAGUGAGCCGGAGCUUUUUAUCAGCGGAGAUGAACUGAUGAACCAGAGCCAGGGCAGUAAAAAGGGUUGGAAAACUAAAAGGAGUUUGAGGACAGCCAGUGAGCUGGAUGAAUUCAAGUGCCGGAAGGCCAGUGAGAAGGAGGAUGGGCGACUGGGAAGCCAAGGUUUUGUGUAUGUGAUGGCCAACAAGCAGCCACUGUGGAACGAGGCAACGCAAGUCUACCAGCUGGAUUUCGGAGGGCGGGUGACCCAGGAGUCGGCAAAAAACUUCCAGAUUGAGCUGGAAGGACGACAGGUGAUGCAGUUUGGAAGAAUUGAUGGCAAUGCUUACAUUUUGGACUUUCAGUAUCCAUUUUCUGCAGUGCAAGCCUUUGCUGUUGCUCUGGCUAAUGUGACUCAACGCCUCAAAUGAAAAAGCAGAGACUGGAGAGAGGAAAAUGUUAACCUUCUUAUAAAGUCCAAACGGAAAAUGUCAGGGCAGCCUGCUUUAGGUGUGCAGAGAUGCCUGGGAGUUAAGAAGGCAGUAAAACUGGAAAAGUCUCUUGGUGCCCACCAGAAGGGCAUUAACUCUAAUCAGUCACGGGGUGGAGGGUGAGGGGCUGUUUUCUGUUUGUUUGUUUGUUUGUUAGCUUGUUUGUUUUCUGGUUUCUUUUUCUUUUCAAGCGUUGUGCUGGGUCUCAGAAAGAGCGAAGGGUUGAGAACCAUUCAGUGUUACGUGGAGAAGUGUGGCUUUUGGCUUGUUGUGGUGGUUCUGCUGUGUGUGCUACAGUACCUGAUGUAAGCUCAUGGGGGGAUUAAAACAGACUGCUCUUUUUGAUAGACUGCCUUAUCUCAUGCUAUUCUUUUUAAAACAGGGAACAUGACUUUUUCUGGUCCAGUUUGUACUUCUACUACUAAAAAAUCAGUGAUAGCAGCAAAAAAGUAAAAAAAGAAAAGAAGCUAUGAUACUUGAAGAUACGUGUUUCUUCUCUGAUACCUGCUUUUAACUGAGUGCCACAGUUUCCAAGGAGGCUUAUGUAGGUAAACAUUUAAUUUAUAAAUAGUGAUGUAUUACUCAGAAGAGAAAAAAUUGUUUCUGGUGGGUGUUUCUCAUGGUUUAGGAAUGGUUUUCCCCAAUUUAGUAUUUUCACCAAAAUACUCCAAGCCAUGCACUACUCACUCACUGCCCCCUCCCCUUUUCCCUUCCCUGAGUUGGAUGGAGAGGAGAAUUGGAGGCACAAAAGGUAAAGAUCACAGGUAGAGAGAAGAGCAAUUUACUGCAAACAGCAGUGAAAUAAGAAACCAAACAGUAACAGCAGCAAUGUUAAUAACAGAGUGCAUGAGAGGUGAAGGAUUCACACGCGUGUGCUCACCACAGGGGAGUCUCUGCCAAUACCUGACUGUGCUGCCACACUAUGGGACCCCUUCCCAUGGCCCCAGAAAAUGAUGGGAGGUUGUGUAGAAUAACCUCUGGGUUGUAGCCAUUCCCUCUCCUGGCUACUGCAAAAAUUAACUCUGUCCUGGCUAGAACCAGGGUUUAAGAACCCACCAUAUCAAAGAAGUUGAUGUCUGCUUGUUUUGUAUACUGUUAAGGGGGAUAAACAUCUUGCAGUAGGUGACAGAAGACAGAGGAGCAGUUACAAGCAAUGCUUCUUUUGUUACUGGCAUAAACAUCUUUCUGUAGGUAAAAAAAACUGGAGAGGAAGUAAUCAUGAGUGUUGCUUUUUUGUUCACAUUGUUCAGCAGUAUUCUAUAAUUUGGCUGGUAGCUGGGAGAGGUACAUGUGAUCAGAUGUACCUCUGAGGCCGUGCCUGUGCUUGCUCCUCAUUUCAGUGUGUUUACACCAUGUAAACAAAGCUUUUCCAGCAGAUGAGAAGACCCAGUGUAUUCAGUCCUCUUAGCAAUCAGUAUCAAUCAAGUUCUACAACACUGCUUGAAUUAGGAAGGAGACAGAAGUGUAGCAAGUCAUUACAAGAAGAAAUUUCAUCAGGGAAGCAAAUUCAUUGGAGGAAACAACAUCAUGGCUGGCUGGAGAACAAAUGAGUUGAAAGAGAAAGGAAAAAUUGGACAGAAUCAUGUUUUUUUGUCACCCACUUGCCACUUGCUUCAGCUAAGAGCAGGAAGCCAGUGUCUACAUGGAGUGUGACGGAGGAAAGCUUAAUACCAGUAGUAUGACUGUGCAGUUCUCUCUGGUGCACAUGUGGACAUGUUGAGCAUUUCAGAAGGUUGCUUGCACAGAAGAGUUUCUUUGUUGUCCUUGUGUUGUGCACGUUUACUUGCUUUUUCUCUUUUCUCCUUGUCAGCAUUUUGCUACAGAAUGUGUUUCGAUGUGGAAAUAGUUUCACCAGUAAUGUACAAACCCCCAAACUAUUAAUAUAAUUAUUUGGACAUUAGAUAACAAAACAUCCCAGCAUAUUUUUGUAAAAAUUGAUCUUUUGAAGUUAAAAGAUAACUGGGAAAGAUAUGCUGGUUGAGAUGUCAACAGCUGCUUUGUCUUUCAUACACGAUUUAGCUUCUUUACUUGAGAAAGCCCAUAUAACUUAAGACGAAUAUGUGUGAUUUUCUCUCUUUGUUUUUCUUGAGUCUUAAUAGUAGGGCUGAUGUGUGCUGUGUUUGAUUCAUUCUAGAGGAACAUUUCACAUCAGACCCUGCUGUAGUAGAAAUUGCCAAUAUGCAGUGAGCUGCUAACUCGUGCUCUGCUGAGUUUUCCAGAGCUGUCCAGUGGAGAGGAGCAAUGCCAGUAAAGGAGUUUCAGAGAGUUGCCAGGGGAGGUGGUGAGUUAGAUCAGAUAGUGCCCCACAGGGUAGGUCCAGUAAAAACCACCUGUGAGAUGGUGUCAUUGGAGGGAGGAAGGAGAAGUAGGAAGGAAGGAGUGGGGCAGUAGAUGGUACCAUGCCUGAUUAUCCCAAAGCUUAGCAGCUUCUACUUGUGUGUGGGAAUGGUCAGGCUCAACAUUACCCUUGGCAUCUAUCAGAUUGUUGUUUCCUUUAAUUAAUUAAUUUUGUUUUCUUUAAUUGUCUGGGCCCACUUGUGUUCCUUUUCAUGUGUUUGAUUUAUUCAGCUGUUUGAGUGCCUGUAUGUAUAAUGUGUGUGGAGCAGAGGAACUGAAAUAGAUUUGGUUCUGGUCCCUUGAAAAUCAAUGGAAAUGUUUCACUUGUUGGUUUUUAUUGAGGAAACACUAUUAAGCCCUUUGUCUGUAUUGAGUUACAUACUCUAAAAACAGUAGCUUGAAUUCUUAGUCCACUGAUUCCAGUACACAAGGAGGGAAAUUGGCUGAUGAGAGCCCUCACCUGCCCUAAGGUCUGUGCUAACCAGCUGUACCCUAAUUAGUGUUUGACAGGCACACGGUGAACACUGCAAGACAAGAAACAUACCAGGGCUGGUUUGUUUGCUUGCUGAGGGAAGGGCCACUUAGUCAUAUGUCAGAAAUACUCAGCUGGAAGAACACCACCAGCCAAAAUUAUUAGGACAUGGAAACAACGUGAAUGUUCUUUUCUGGAGAAAAUCUAAUCUAAUUAAGGACUUCUGCUUGCAGUUUCUUUUACCUUCCAGAGAAUAGUGUUCCUCUUCACUUUGUUUAUUGCCAAUUUUUUCCAGUUUUCAGUAGUUUUAUUCUAAUGGAGAACAAUAAAACAAGUAACAGAGUUAGUAAUUUGGUUUCAUUGGUCCAGGUCGUAAUUGCAUCCUUCUGACGGCACUCAGAAAGAGCCAUGGCAUAGAAAGAGCUCUGGUUUCUGCCUCAGCAAAGAACAAUGAAUAAUUGCCAAAAAAUUGGGAAAAUAAAUGCCAUUUCCAACAUCCUUUCCAUUUACUUGACAGAAAACUCUAUAAGAUAAGACAGUCUUUUAUCUUUUUGAAAGUAAUUUAGCCAAGUCUCUUUAAUUAAGGAUUUUAAUAUGUAGAGAAUCCCCAAUAUUAGAGAGAGAAAAUACUCUCAAAUAGAAUUUUAAUGAAAGGAAUGGUAAAUACAUAGAAAUCUGAGUGUGCAACUGGAUCCUAAAUUAUAAAAAGAACAAGUGAAAGUAAUUUUAUUUUCAAUUGAGAUACAAUAUAGGAAACAUGGAAGAAUAUCCCCACUUAAUCACUUAAAUUGUGAAGACUGCUAUUGCCUUCAGCCAAUAGAUACUACAUUUUCUAUUUUGUUAGUAAAACCCAGGUUUUCUGUAGGUAACUUAAGUACUUCUAGGAAGAAUGUAUCAAAGUGUUCAGAAAUAUCUAGUUCUUUUAUACAUGCAGUAAUUUCCACUCAAAUGAUGUAAAGGAUGUUUUUUCCAAAGCUUGUUUUUUUCAGUUGUGCAAUAAUUUUAACAGUCUAGGGAAUUUUUUUUGUUUCUCUUGGGUUGGGUUUUUUGUUUUGUUUUAGUUUGGGUUUGAUUUUUCUGUAGGGAGUUUUGAGUGUUUUUUUUGAAGAUAAUUUAAUGCAGAUUUCCUGUUAAUGUCCAAAAACCAAAUUAUUUUUCUUGCAUAAUGUAAUGAGUGAUUUAGGGAUUUUUUUUUUACUGUGUAUCAGUGAGUUAUACACAUUUAUUUAUAUUUAAAGAGUAUCUUUGUAAGCAAUUGUUUGCUAGCAGUUAUAUUUUGCUGCAAGAAAUUAAAAAGGCUUCUAGGAAGACCUCGUUUUGCUGGAUAAUAUGCAAAAACUUCAUAUUGCAGGCAAAAGUGGUUUUUGGCAGCUAAACACAAUGAGUUUGCUAUGUAGAAUUAUGUAGACUACAAAGAGUCUAGGUGAGUUCUUUAGGACCUGCAGAAAUCUGUCCUCUGUUUUCCUUUUUUAUUUGUAACUAUACUCUGCUUGGGAGUGGCUUAAAAAAUAGAAGGCAUGGUUUGCUUUUCUUGAGGUACAAGAUAAGGUGGGUUGGGUGAUAAGAGAGGGUGUAACGACACAGGCUGUUUGUAAGGAGGCCACUGUAGUUCAGUAGGGUUUGGUGGUGGUACAGUUCAGUGCCAGGUGGAGCUACAGGCAGACUAGCUUGGAAUCAGCUGAGGCACAAGGAAUAGUGUAGCAGUUUCCUCUGAAGCAUUUUCCUCUGCUCAGCCUGCUCCUUCUGCAGCUGGGCUCAGCUGCUUCCAGCACUGCCACAGUGCUUCUGGCAGGGCUGCAUGGAGCUCAUGGAGCUGUGCCCUGACGUUGCCUGCAGCAGCUUUGCCUGUUCAAGAUGCUCCACAGGAGACCUGUUGGAGCAGGUGUUCCUCCACUCAUCCUCUAGGUGUGCUCCAAGAGCAGCAUGAAGCUGCCAUGGAGUCUGGCUGCAGCAGCUUUGGGCAGAGAGAACCCUGAUGCCAGCCAGCAGCCACGGUGUCCAUCUGAAGGCAGAAUCUGCUCUGCUGGAGUUGCAAAGGGAUGAAGCCAAAAACCUGAUAAUAUUGAAAAAAUAAUGGUGAUAGCCUGGGAAUAUUAUCAUCUCGAACAGAAUCUAAAAAUUGAUAUUUAAAGUCUGGCAUAAUUGGAGUGGCAAAUUUUAGCUUUAAGCAGUAAGAAUACAUGUUUCUGCAACAUCCUGAAACUAUGAGAAGAUGGGAGGUAACAGAGGGGAAAAAAAAGGAAUUAUCACAUUAGCAAUUUUGCACUCAGUUCCAAAGACCACAGUAACAUGUGCCAUGGGCUGCCUGAAUAUCAGUAAAUCUGCACACAGGUUCAUCUCAGUUACAAAAGUUUCCUGUGAUGCAGCCACAGGUAAAACAGUGUUUUUAUGAAGAUGCAUGAAGGUCUACAGCUGUCAGACAAGGAUACCUAACUUUGAUGAAUCCUUCAGCCUAAACUUUCCAUAGAUCCAAGCUUUCCUUGAAAUGUCUUUUUAGUGUCCUCUCAGAAAUUACAAACAGAUUUUGGAGCUUGUCUGACUGUUGCUUCAGACAAUUUCUGUGCAUUUGCUUUUUGCAGCCUGAUGUGUGUGAUCCUAUGUUACCUUGGUGCCCUCUUACCUCUCAGAAACAUUUUACAUCCUCAUAUAAAAAGAGCAGAAAGUGCAAAAACUGAUUUGAUGAAAUGAAAGGGGAGAGAAGACACAGUAAAUUUUCAUUAACUUUUAAGAAUGUUUCCCAGAGCAGCAGUUAGGAACUGCAUGUCUGCAGGGCCCACAAUACUCCAGACCAGUAAAUCAGACUUAGAGAUUGGUAAGAGAUGAGACCCUUGUGUGGCAUGCUGACAGAGGGCCAGCUUCCAGCCUCACUUCCAGUUACACCAAGAUACAUAAGAGACCAGAAUCCAACCCAAAAGGUACUUCCCCAUUACUGUGUGAUUGUAAGGUAAAGAUGACUUGUAUGACCCAUACAUAUCCACUCAAGGAAAUUAUAGAGCAUUAUCCAAUGGUUAUACUGACAGCUCAGUAUAACCCCCCUUGAAGAAUGCUCGAAGUAAAAUCCUGGCCACAGAGUAGUCAUUCAGAUUUUUGACUUUUAUUCCCAUUUCUAGGAUUCCAUCACAGGACAGGAGGGCAAGCUGUUUAUGUUAUUUAGAGAUUGAUUUUUCCAGUGUAAGAGAGCAAGUCACCUCUACUGCUUACAAAAAUGGAAGAAUUCUAGUAGACAAAUUGGUUUUUGUGUUCAUGUCUCUUCCCCUUCAAGGCACAAACCUUCAUUAGUAAAUACCAAUUUAGAGUCUUGCUGCCCUCAGGAGUAGUCUGCAGGGAGGCACCAUAAGUCCUCUUUACAGCAUUGGAACUUACAUGCACCAUUCUCAAAGGAAUAAAAUUAAUUACUACUUGUGAACAAUGGUCUAUGUGAAUUAUUUUGUCUUUGUAUUUAUUUAAUUUUCUUCUUAAGAAGUCCCACAGAGAUGUUUUUAAGAUGAAAAGACUGCUUUCCCUGUUGCCUGAUAUUACUGAAGAUAUAUCAGGAGUUUCUUUGGGCGGUUUGAUUGUUGCUGCAUCUAGAAAAUUUUUAAGGCAAAAGCAAUUAAUGAAACAAAAGAAUUAAAUAAGAUUCAGUGACACAGUUCUUGCUAAGAAAACUAAAAGCUUCACCCUUUAACUUUUGAUUUUGCAAAUGAACUGGUAAUGAGAAAUUUGUGUUUCAAGGCAAAUCGAUUGUUUGGGAGUACUAUGAAAGUGCACUGGUUUGCUGACACAGAGCUGACUGCAGGAUCAAGAAGACAUGCUUUUGUGAGACAAAUAAAUGAAAACACCAAAUACUUACCUAUCCAUACGUACCUAUCCAGAGUGUCCAAUGAAAAUGUAGAUGGGGUCAUGUCAAAGCCUGUCAGUCUGUUCUUAAUCCUCUGGUUUACAGUUUUAAAAUAUGGACUGAUCAGCAAUUCUAAAUCCUGACAAAGGUUGUCUGUUUUAUUUGGAAUUUUAUCUGACUGGCCAAGUAGAUGGCUUAAGAUACAGAUAAAGUAAUAAUGAGAGAGAAACAUUUUGGAACAGUGUGUAGACACCUGAGUUUCAAGUAUUUCACAGGAAUAAUGCUCGGCCAGUAAUUCUUACCUAUGUUGUUUGAAGCUAUUUGUUCAGAACGUUUCUAACUUGCCCUUUGUUUCUUUAGUUUGCUUGAGACUUGAUUUUCCUUUGGUUGCUUUGCAUUUCUGUUUCAUUAUUUCAGCAUUUGCUGCUUUUUUUUCUGUUUGUGUGUUGUGUGUUUGGGGAAGGCUAUGUCUGUUCAAGAUCUCGUUGUUUAUUGUAGAUAAAAUAUAUGGUGUUGUGGAAUAGCAUGGGGAUGCAUUCGGUUGAAAAGGCACUGUAGUGUUUCCUGAAAAAGAAGGGGAGUUGCAUUUGUUUAUAAAUGCAUUCUUUUGGUACUAUAACUUUGAAAGUGAUUUGGGAUUUUUUUGCUUUUUUUUUAAAUUUUGGUUUGGUAUUUAAUUUUCCUUUUAAAUUUAAUGAGCAUAGAGUCAUGCAGGUGCAUGCAUUCUUAAGUGAGCAAGCCCAGCAUGUUUUUCUUAAGGCUUUUGAAAAUUUGGUACACCAUUUGUGAACUUUACUUUCCUAGACUAUUUUUAAUUAUAUUUUUCUUCAAUCUCCCUUUUUUUUUUUCUCCUGAAUAUACCGUGGUAUACUUGGUUUCCACUGUACUUAAAAACUACCCUGAUCUGCCUCUCCUUUUAUGUAUCUUGUGUAAUAGAUUUUGCAGGAGGUGCCUAGAAAGUAUUGUUGGUUUCCCUAUAAAAGUGUGGUUUGUCCAGAUUCUUUACUGUCUACAUGACUGAGAGAUGGACUGAUUGCCCUAUUUUUCCUUGAUGAUUUGGAGUUGUAAGAGUUGUCCAGCUGUUGCUUAAUAAAAUUUUGCAGACUAGAAA